CGAGGAUUGUCGAAAAGGUUAAAAGUCGCGCAAAAUGCGCAUAAACAUAACUAUUUCGUUUGUUGUUGUCAACUUGUAGCUAGCCAGAUUAUUAUUUUUUUAUACACUUACUUGCGAUACAUCCUCAAAGCUACUGAUAUCAUGGAUGAGUUACACAGACAUCGUUCUCUUUACAAGGGGACGACUCCACCAUGGAAGGAAACCUACAGAAAGGUAGCUAUGGAAUCUAUCAAUACCUGGAUUGUGGCUUGCUAACAAGCUAAUCACUGCUAGUUAAUGGUGGCUUGCUAACAAGCUAACCACUGCUAGUUGAUAUACUCGAGGCCAAACAUUGGAACAUUUAGACUGAACAUCUUUAUCUGAAUCAUCUAGCUGAAACCAGAAUUGGAUUCAUGCUCUAGACAUGAAGACUUGCGUGGCUCCCCGAGUUAAUGCCAAGGCUUUGGCUUAUGAAGUGUAACUUGUUUUUGAUGGUUAUAUUAACUUUGUUUUUGUUCCUCAGCGUUGCGUGGACAGGUUGAAGAACAGCCGAUCCCGGUUACUGGAGAAGUACCGACAGAUGGGAGAUAGUCAACACUGCAGCGCCAAGGGCUCUGUCCUCGUCCAGGAGGUGAUGGAGGAAGAGUGGAAAGCGCUUCAGUCAGCCAACCGAGGGCUGCCCUCCCUGUGGAGUAAAGACUGCAUGGAAGAGGUGAGGGGUUUGUCAGUUGCAUACUAAUGACUGUUCAUGAGAGGUAAGCAUGUAGCUAACAUGACACAGGCAUACAACUAAUCUACAGCUAAGCUUACAUGAGUCAUGUAACAUGAUAUUACACGAAGCAGAGAUGUAUUGAUUCUAGCUAGCUACUUAUAUCUUACCUCAUGUCUUCUCUACAGGUGUACAGUGUCAUGAAGGAAUAUGAUGAACUGGCAGUGUUUGAAGAAAUCCAACAGGAACUCAUGUCUCAAGGUAGUUUUUAAUUCCUAAAUUAAUCUUGUAUGAAUCUAUUAGUACACACAGACGCAGCUACACACAAGCAGACAGAAAAUCUCUGAAUAACGUGCAUCUUGUUCUCUCUGAAUAACGUGCAUCUUGUUCUCUCUGAAUAACGUGCAUCUUGUUCUCUCUGAAUAACGUGCAUCUUGUUCUCUCUGAAUAACGUGCAUCUUGUUCUCUCUGAAUAACAUGCAUCAUGUUCUCUCUGAAUAACAUGCAUAUUUUUCUCUCUACAGAGCACUCCAUCAUUGAGGAAUAUGAGAAAAGCAUGCGGUUUGAGGAGCAGUACUUGAAUUCAGUUGUGGAAGGGAUGGAAGGGGGGAGGCAAAUCAUAUGUCCUGUAUGUCAUGUGUAAGUCUCUCCAAGAUGUGCUAUUGCACUUGUUCAAAUUUUGUCAUAGUCAAGACUCUAAAACCACUCUUGACUAUGUGACUGUCUGUUUUCAUUUCAGACACAACCUAACCGUGAACAGCCAUUUCACCUCCUGUCCCUGUGGGCUUUACAUCAACACAAGGGUUUGUAUGAUCUCGCAUACACCAUUCAAAUUGACCAACCCAAUAUGCCAUUUUUUUUGGGGGUUGGAUUAUCUGUUGUCAUGACCACUCUGAUGUUCCUCAUGAUCAUGUUAAGUAAGCCACUUUCUAGUGAGUUUAUGUACUACACUUAUGGCUGAUUUUGAUGUCUCAUCAGUGUCUGUUCAUCUCUCGUCUCCAGCAAAGCAACGUGACCCUAGAGUCUCUGCAGUGUCUGUUGGAGAGGCGGGUAACCGAACACAUGGAGGACUGUCUUCAUAACCCCGUCUUCUCCGUGGCCUCCGGUGCAGAUAGCCCGCCUAACCUCAUGAUAAGCUGCAAGGUGACUGACUGGCUUGAAUACGUCCCAAACAGCAAUCUAUUCCCUAAUAUAGUGCACUACUUUUGACCAGAGCCCUAUGGACUCUGGUCAAAAGUCGUGUACAAUAAAGGGAACAGUGCCAUUUGGGACGUAGGCCGACGUUAUCAUACUUAAAUAAUCCUCGUUUGGGAGGUCAGGCCAUAAUGCAACACUUACAUAGUGUCAGUACUGAUCUCUUUACACCUACUGUCCUUGGUGACAAUGUUGUGGUGCCUCACUUACGUUAAACAUUCCUAAUGUAUUCAUCUGAUAAGUCAUGUUUUGAUUUAAGGGGUCCUGCACAAGAAUUGUUAUGGAUUUAUAUUGUUAAUUUUAGGCGUCAAAGCAAUUACCCUUGAAUAGUUACGUGUAGACUAUCAUAUCGUUGAAUGCGGAGUACAGUGACAGAUCACUGAAUGGAUCUUCUUUCUGAUUUCAGGCUUGUGACUACCUGUCCAUAGUUCUGUGACUCACCUGUCCUACCAGGUGAAAAGUCUGAUUUUAAUCGUCCUGUGUCCGUGGGAGGAUUUUUGUUCUCUGAAAUAAACUUGUGUAUUUGUACAGCAAGAUUUGGCUGUUUUUUUUUUUUAGU